AUGGCUUCCAACUUCCCUCCUCCCCCAACCUCCGCCAUCGACUGGACAAACAUCGGCUUCAAAGUGCGAGACGUAAACGGCCAUGUUGAAUCCCACUUCUCCCACUCCGGUGAUGCUCAAUGGUCGGCUCCCCGCUUCGUCCAGUCGCCGUUCCUACAGAUCCACGGCAUGGCACCAGCCCUCAACUACGGCCAACAAGCCUACGAAGGCAUGAAAGCAUUCCGACACCCUCCCUCUGCAUCCCAUCCAAACGGCCGCGUCGUCAUUUUCAGACCAGAUCGGAACGCAGUACGUCUACAUCACUCGGCGGAGUUCGUCUCCAUACCCCCCGUUCCCAAGCAGCAUUUCGUCGACUGCGUUGUUCGUGCCGUGAGUGCGAAUGCAGAGUUUGUUCCACCCCAUGAGACUCGUGCGGCGAUGUAUAUCCGUCCCUUGCUGCUGGGUAGCUCGGCGCAGUUGGGUCUUACCCCGCCAGACGAGUAUACGUUUGUUGUCUUCGUGAUGCCUACGGGCGUGUACCACGGUGUCCAUGCCGUUGAAGCCCUGGUUCUCGAGGACUUUGAUCGAUCUGCCCCCGAGGGAACGGGUAGUGCGAAGCUAGGAGGAAAUUAUGCGCCUGUGUUGCGCCAUUCGGACAAGGCUAGGGGUCAAGGGUACGGCAUCACGCUUCAUCUUGAUAGCAGAACUAGGUCUGAGAUUGAUGAGUUUUCGACUUCGGCUUUUAUCGGCGUGAAGAAGCAUGAUGGCCAGGUUACGCUUGUGUUUCCUGAUAGUAAGAAUGUGAUUGAUAGUGUCACUGCUGCUUCGGUGAAGGAGAUCGGUGAACACAUGUUGGGGUUCAAGGUUGAGAAGAGAACUGUCAAGUAUGAUGAACUUGACUCCUUUGAUGAAGUCAUGGCUGCUGGCACGGCUGCGGCACUGGUGCCGAUUCGAAGCAUCACUAUGAAGUCCAGGAAUGAUAAGUUUGAGUAUAAUGCCGGUGCUGCUGGGGAGGGAGGGGAAGUGUUUAAUAAGUUGAUUAAGACGCUUCAGGGGAUUCAGCUGGGUGAGAUCGAGGAUAAGUUUGGAUGGUUGGUUGAUGCUGAAAAACUGGAAGAAGGAUGGACGGAGAAGUAA